AUGGAACGUGCGUUCGCGUCGCCAAACUCGCCCGUAUCCUCGCGGUCGCGAUUUCUUCCCUCACGCCCGGGGCGCCCACUCCCAUUCGCGCGCCGAGGCAAAGGCGACGAAGAUCUCAGAGCUGACGUUUGUUUAGAAAUCGCCGACGAAGUGGGUCCGCGACGACGCGCGCGCGCGCGCGUCGGGGAGAUACACGUCAUCACGGGACCAAUGUUCGCCGGGAAAACCUCCGCGCUCGCUCGGAAACUCGCGACUGCGCGAUCGAGCGGGAACGCGGUGUUCGCGAUCACGUCUUCACUCGAGGCCGAGCGCUUCGGAGCACGGGCGGAGACUUCGUUGGUCACGCACGACGGCGACGCGUUCACGGGCGACGAGGAGGGCGUGUGUAAUACGAUCGAGGGUUGCGAUUUCGGGGAGGCUCGAGUGCGAGCGAUCGGGACGGAGAACGGGUGGACGUUUGCCUCGGAGGACGCGAAGGCGCUCGAGCGGGCGGACGUCGUGGCCGUGGACGAGGCACAGUUCAUGCCUGGGUUGAUCGAUUUCGCGCUUGAGUGCGCGGAGAAGAGAGGACAAAUCGUCUAUAUCGCGGGAUUGGACGGGGAUUAUCGUCGACGGCGAUUCGGGGAGGUUUUAGAUUUGAUUCCUAUGUGCGAUUCGGUGACGCGGCUCAGAGGGACGUGCGCCGAGUGCGGACGCGCGAGUUCAUUCAGUCGACGCGUCGUUGAUCUCGGCGACGGAGAGGACGUCGUGAGCGUGGGUGGGAGUGAGAAGUACGCGCCGGCGUGUCGGGCGUGCUACCUCAGGCUUGGUAGGGAUGAGAGCCGAGGUGACGUCGCACCAAGAUGGGAAUGA